AUGGGAAUUGAUCCUCAAACUCACAAGCCCAUUUCUCCACCAAAUUCCGAUGGCACCCAUUUGCCCCAAAAGGAGCAGAAGCACCAAAAGCCACCAAAGAAGCAGCUGCCGCCGCCGGAAGAAGCGAAGAAAGAUGACGACAAAGAGGCGGUGGUGGUGGCGGUGGCGGCCGACGACGGAACCAGCAUGAUGGAGGAGUUGAUGGUUGAUGGGUUCUGCACAGAAGAAGUUCCUGUAAUUGAUCAUGAAAUUCUAGUCCCUUGUGCUUCAUCUUCAUCGCCCACUUCAACUUCUUCAACUUCUUAUUCAUGUUCUUCUUCUUCUUCAUCUUCAAACUCAGAAUUGGCAGCAGCCAACAGCUUGCUUCAGGACUUGAUGGAAUAA